AUGCUGGCGGCAGCCUCCGUCCUCAUCGUCUUCGAGUUCACCAUCAACAAGGAGCCGGGAGGCGGCGAACGCGCCGACGACCCGACAAGCCGCGCGGUGCCCGGGGAUCGAUAUGCAACCAGGCGCCUGGGCAUGCGCUCGCAUCUCCUCCUCUCCCCGUCGUCCUUCUCCAGAGACACCCGGUUGCCCGCUUCCCGUGCCUGCUACUCCGACUCGCAAGCUCCUCCGCGCCCUGCUCCUCGCGGCCCGCCCCCUGCUCCUCAGCCUUCCUGUGCCCGCGCCACGCGCUCUGCUCCUCCGACUCCCAGCCACGCGUGGCGGCCAGCACCAGGCCAUGAGGGUCUGGUGCCGCGGCGGCGCCAGGUGAGGGCGGCCGCGCCUUGGGCGAGCUCCGCCUGCAGGCUGGGCGCGGCGCUGGAGGUUGCGUCCUCAUCCUCCUCACAUCGAGCGGCCGGCCGCAUUUCCGCCACCAACGCCGCCCGCUGCUCCUUCUCCAAUCCAGCGGCGGGAAGUGAUCCAGGGGCUCCAGGCCUGCUGCUUGCGGUGACCCCAUUCCUCUGGCGUCGGGUCUCGGGGGCGCUGGGUUUUCUAUGGCCAGAUGCCGCCUCCGUCGGGCACGCCGGUGCCUACGCGGGAGUGGUGCCACCUGCUCGUCUCCCUCCUUCGUCCACGUCGCCGGAGACUACGCCAUCGAGCCUGCGUGAGUCGUUCCUGGAGACUAUGCCAUCAGGCCGGAAAUGCUGGGGUUCUCCCUUGCCAACGGGAACUCCUUCAGGUACUCUGUGCCUCCCAGUUGUUAUUCCCGGGCAAGAGCUUGAGUUUCCAUGCUAUAUUCCAGAUCUGAUUGUUUUUUAUCCUUAAAAAACUGGAGAAUUAGAUCUGAACUAAAGCUCUUGCUGGAUGAAAACUUGUACGUGAUGUGUUGGAAGAAAGACUUUGUAUUUGAUGUAAUACUAGAUGAAAAGUUAUUGUAUUUGAUGUCACACAUCAAAUGAGAUCCAUGGGCUGGAAUUGUAAUCAUGAAAUGGGCUGAAAAACUUAUUAAACUUGGUGGGCCAGAAUUUUUUAUGGUCUGUACA